UUACUUUUUUAAAAUGAGAAAACGUUCGAUAUCACAUUUUGAUCCACCACCUCCAUAUAUAUCAACAGGUAGUGAAAAUCAUCUAUCUCCAGAAUUAUCAACAGGAAGUUAUUCGUCAACAACUAUAAUACCAAGUAGUGUUGGCAGUACAACACCAAGUAAUAAUAGUACAGACAAUACUUGUAAUAAAAGACGAGUGAGUAUAGUAAAUACACCACCUGGUGCUGGUGGUGUUAUCGAUAAUAAUAAUAUGUCGUCCACACAACAUCAUCUAGCUGUACCAUCGUCCGGUGGUGGUGGAGGUGGUGGUGGAUAUGACAAUCAUGGAUAUGAAUCAUCAAAUCGACGGCGUGUUAGUAUUCCAAAUAAUUCUGCUGAAGUUGGUCCUGUACGUAAAAAGAGUAUAUUGCAUAAUAGUACCAAUAAUAGUCCUGAAAAUGCUCAUCCAUAUCAUUUUGACCCUGAGUCUGGCAAGCAUGUAAAUGGUGAUGCUCGAACAAAAAAAUCAUCCGUAACUGAUUCCAUAUAUUCAAGAGCAUCUCGAACACGAUUUUCUGACGUCAAUGAUGAUACGAAAUCCUGGUUUUACACAUUUUGCUUAAAUUGUCGCAAAACAGACACAAUACCAUCAUGGUCUCCACCAGGAUAUUCAAAAUACUGCCCACAUCCAUUUUGUCCAUCAUAUAGACAGUAUGCUAGGGUACUAGCCUUGUUUAUAAUUGGGCUAUUAACAUGGGGUGUUGUUUAUGCAAUGGUUGGAGAAAUGGCUGCACCAGGCGGCCAAUUAUUCGGUUUAGCUAUGUUAAGUAUUGCUGCACAUUUCGGUGGAUGGUUAAUGACUUUAACAACGUUGCCGGCACUUAUUGGUAUGUUAAUUGUGGGGAUGUUAUUUCAAAAUGCUGAAUUAAUAGAUUUAAGUGGUGACUUUAAAGAAGUUACAUCACACUUAAGAAAAAUAGCAUUGGUAAUUAUAUUGACAAGAGCAGGAUUAGAUUUAGAUCCUGAUGCGCUACGUCGACUAAAAUACACUGUAAUGAAAAUAGGUCUUAUUCCAUGGACCUUAGAAGCAAUUUUGAUUUCAAUCACAACACAUUUUUUCAUGGGUUUACCAUGGAAAUGGGGCUUGUUGCUUGGUUCAAUUGUUGCAGCUGUUUCUCCAGCUGUAAUUGUUCCAUGUUUACUUCGUUUACGAGAAAAAGGUUAUGGAGUUGCAAAAGGUAUACCGACCUUAGUCAUUGCCGUAUCUGGAAUUGAUGAUGCAGCAUCAGUGGCAGUUUUUGGAAUUAUUUCGAGUAUAAUGUUUAGUACCAACUCCAUAGCAUUCCAAGUGUUACAAGGUCCCUUAUCAAUAAUUGGCGGUAUUGCUUUCGGAGUAAUAUGGGGAUGGGUUGCUCAAUAUGUGCCAGAAAAAGAAGAUCCAUUUGUUGUACCUUUACGUAUACUAAUGUUAUUAGGUGGAGGAUUGGUUGCUGUAUUUGGAAGUGAAUUAGUGCACUUUGAUGGAGCCGGUCCGUUAGGUUGUAUUGCAGCUGCAUUUUUUUCAUCUGUAUUUUGGUCAAAACAAGGUUGGGAAGUUGAUGAAAACCCUGCAGGAACGGCUUUUGAAAUAUUUUGGAUGAUCUUUGAACCAAUUUUGUUUGGUAUUACUGGAACACAAAUUAAAUUUCAAGAGCUAGAUCCGCACAUCGUUUAUAAGGCGAUUGGGUGUUUGUUAAUUGGUAUUAUUCUUCGUUUGAUUUUAACUAUUAUCAUCGGCAUUGGAUGCAAACUGAAUUUGAAAGAAAAAAUAUUUAUAGCUAUUGCUUGUUCUGCUAAAGCGACAGUCCAGGCAGCUUUGGGUCCUGUUGCAUUACAUACACUUCAAGAUGAACAAAGUGACCAAAAAGAAUUUGCUGAACAAGUUUUAAUGGUAUGCAUUUUAUCAAUUAUUUUAACUGCGCCAACUGGUGCAAUUUUAAUAUCUGUAACGGGACCACGAUUAUUAUCUAAAACAAGAACACCAGUUAUAUUGGAAGGUUGGCGAAGAAGUCAUAGGCCUUCAAUUCGAGAUAUUAGCAUUAUUGAUGAAGAAGAAGAACGCGACGCACCAGAAAAAAUUAUAAAUAAUAUUUCUUAG